AUGUCCAAGGUGGAUGCCGAGCAUAUUGCGUAUGCCGCAGUCCAGGCUCGUUUUGGUAUCAGUUCCCUCGACAAAUGGAACGACAAGGAUGGCUACUUUCAUUACAGCGACUUUUACACCAGGAUCACACGUCUCAUUCACAACAGGAACUUCGGUGGGGAAUGGGUUGACUCACUACUAGCGCAUUAUAACGAGAUACUGUUUGGCAAUGAAAACGGUGCCAAACCGUCUCAUUCCGAGAACAUCGACUGUUCGGAUGACGACGACAUGAUCGCAAUGGAACGCCAACUCGCCGCACGCGCUUCACGAGCUUCCAGAUCCACGGAUCCAGCUCCUACACAAUCUUCAGUGCCCCAACAGAAGCCACGUCAGGACCCCCUACCUCCGCCGCCUCAAAGGCCCACUCCAGACUCACCAAUCGCCCUUGCACCUGUCAAUUCCCGCAAUGAUGCACAACGCGCAGUCUCACCACUUCCUCCUUCGUCUCCUCAAGAGUCUGUUAGCAACACGCCAGUCAUUUCACGCAAGCGCAAGAUUGUCUCUGCACCCGUUGACGACUUGUUCAACGAUGACAGUCCUUUGACAGAGGAAGAAGAGCCGGAGGUCAUUCAGCCUGCAAGGCGCGGACGGAAAGGGUGGGAAGGCAGUCAAGGCUGA